UAAUGCUCCGUCAUUGGAUAGUAUAGAUGAAUGCUCUGAACCAAUGGCAUACAGAUCUCUACAAAGAGAUCUACUCCAUCCCCCAUUCAGUCGCAUCACAGUAACUCGCACAAUGCUCCGAGAUGGAGGUGGAGAGGAGAUGUGCGUAUACACAGAUGUCCAAAAUUUAGACCAUUGUUAUUAACGUGCAUUCGUGGAUUAAUCUCUAGCAUCAUAUCCAUUCUGGCGCUGGAAUUAUUAUCGAGGUGGUUAUGUGAACAAUAUAUCGAUGGGAAAUAACACAUCUUAACGGAUCGGGAAUGACAAAGAGAAUCAGACACCGGGACUGGAGAUGGCUGGCGCUUUGGUGGCAUCAUUUCUUCGCUUUGUGGAGUACAAUAUACGCACAGACUCGUUACAGUAUCCCAGAAGAAUUAAAACAGGGCUCUGUGGUAGGAAAUCUAGCCAAAGAUCUGGGUUUGGGACUGUCAGACAUUUUUGACCGUAAGCUGCGCGUCGCUUCUGAGGCUGGUAAGCAGUAUUUCAGCGUGGAUACGGGGAAGGGCGAGCUGGUGGUGAAUGACAGAAUAGACAGAGAGGCUUUAUGUGGACAAAGCGCCAGCUGUGUGUUGCCUCUUCAAGUAGUAAUAGAGAAUCCACUACAUCUAUAUCGUAUAGAAGUGGAAAUUAGAGACGUUAAUGACAAUGCACCGAAAUUCCUUAGCAAAGAAAAACAUUUGAAAAUUGCGGAGUUGACAGCGGUGGGUGCGCGCUACCCUUUGGAGACAGCACAAGACCUCGAUGUGGGUAUUAAUUCCCUAAAAUCAUACAGUCUUAGCAAAGAUGAAUGCUUUAGUUUAAAAAUUAAAGAACUUGCGAAUGGCAGAAAAGUACCGGAGCUUGUACUGGAAAAAACGCUUGACAGAGAAAAACAAGGUAUUCAUCAAUUACUGUUAACAGCAUUAGACGGAGGGAAUCCUGUCAAAACGGGAACAUCAAAGAUCACAGUGACCGUUCUAGACAAUAAUGACAAUGUUCCUGUUUUCAAAAAACCGUUAUAUAAAAUUACGGUGCCUGAAAGCAGUCAAAGUGGCUUAAUGCUCGCAAAGGUAGAAGCAACUGACCAAGACGAGGGUGUGAAUGGAGAAAUUGAAUAUUCAUUUGCUGACCAUACACCAGAGAUAUUGCGCUCUAUUUUUCAGAUCAACGCUGCAACAGGGGAAAUUUUCCUUAAAGGAAAAUUAGAUUAUGAAAACUUUGCAACUCACGAGUUAGAUAUAAGUGCAAAAGAUAAAGGAAUUCCUGAAAUGGAAGGUCACUGUCGCGUACAGGUGGAGGUAAUAGAUAUAAAUGAUAACUCUCCAGAAAUUGUUCUGACUUCAAAACCGAGCCCAGUACCAGAAGAUGCACCAAGUGGUACAGUAGUGGCUCUGCUUACAGCUCGAGACCUUGACUCCGGUGACAAUGGUAAAGUGACAUUAGGGCUCCCAAAGGGCUCUCCUUUUAAACUGAAACCCUCUUUUUCUGACAAUUACGCACUGGUUACUGGCCGUAAUUUAGACCGGGAGACAUUCUCGGAGUAUAAUAUCGAGAUUACAGCCACUGACUCAGGCUCACCCUCUUUAUCAUCUAAGAAGACUAUUAAUGUCACUAUCACUGAUGUAAACGACAACCCCCCUGUGUUCUCGCAGCCCUCUUAUAAUGUGUAUUUAAAAGAGAAUGGGGUGCCAGGCUCUAUCCUGUACUCAGUAUCAGCAUCUGACCUGGAUUUUGGUGAAAACGCAAAGGUCUCUUACUCUAUAAUGGACUCUAAAGUGCAGGACGUUUCUGUCUCAUCGUAUGUUUACAUUAACUCAGAUAACGGCAGCAUCUACAGCAUGCACUCGUUUGACUAUGAGAAACUGAAGGUGUUUCAGAUUCAGGUCCAGGCAAAGGAUCAGGGCUCUCCGUCUCUCAGCAGCAACGCCACUGUCCAUGUUUUUAUCCUGGACCAGAACGACAAUGCCCCCGCUGUUAUUUACCCCUCCUCCGCUGCAAUGGGCUCCCUCUCUCAUCAGAGGAUGCCUCGCUCCGCGAAAGCGGGUCACCUGGUUACCAAGGUGACAGCCGUGGACGCUGACUCGGGCCAUAACGCCUGGAUCUCCUACAGACUGGCGGAGGCCACAGACGCCUCUCUCUUCACUGUCAAUCUGUACACAGGGGAGGUGAGGACUAAACGCGCUGUGUCUGAGCAGGACGACUCCUCUCAGAGGCUCCUUAUAGAGAUCAAGGACGACGGGGAACCGAUCCAGUCCUCCACAGUCACGGUGUCUAUCACACUGGAGGACGGCCUCCAUGAGCCCAUCUCAGACCUCCGACAUAAAGUGGCCGAGCCCAGCAAGAAAACUGGGAGAAUUACCCUUUAUUUGAUUCUCUCUCUGGCCUCGGUGUCCGUGCUGUCUCUGCUCACUUUCCUCAUCUUAGCGGUUAAAUGCAUCAGGAACAGCAGGAGCAGCAGCACGUGCUGCAUGAGACGGACUGACUCUGAUGAUUACAAGAACCCCAACAGAAACCUGCAGAUUCAGCUCAACACUGAUGGACCUAUAAAGUACGUGGAGGUCCUGGGAGGAGACAUGCUGUCUCAGAGUCAGUCUUUCAGGUCCUGUAUGUCUCCGAUGUCAGAGUACAGCGAUUUCACUCUGAUUAAACCCAGCAGCACCACAGACUUUAAGGAGGUGAUCAGUGUCCUGGAUGCUUCUUUACCCGACAGCACCUGGACCUUUGAGAGCCAGCAGGUGAGCAUAGAGUAUUAA